AUGGCCCCUGUAAAAGUCGCCGUUGCUGGAGCCACAGGCAACAUCGGCCUCCCGGUGGUGAAGGCACUUCUUGACGCCAACUAUUCCGUCAUCGCAUUGACCCGCAAGGGAAGCAACAGCGCCUCCAAACUGCCCCAGUCUAGCAACCUUGCCGUGAAAGAAGUCGACUACACGUCGGUACCCGAUCUCACCGCCGCUCUCGAGGGUGUCAAAGUAGUGGUCUCGACCCUUGCAACCAGCAGCAUUGGAGAGCAGAAUCCUUUGAUCGAUGCCUCCAUCGCCGCCGGAGUUGAAAGAUUCCUCCCAUCCGAGUUUGGCAGCGAUACAUGCAACCCCAAGACCGCCGCUCUCCCAGUGUUCAAGUUCAAGGUCGCAACGCAGGAAUACCUCAAGACAAAAGUCAGCGAGAACCCGAAAUUCAGCUACACACUGGUCAUCACCGGGCCCUUUUUCGACUGGGGCCUCCAGCACGGCUUCUUUUUGAACCCGGCCAAACAUACGGGCACGCUGUACAACGGCGGCGACGUAGUAUUCUCGACCACGACGCUGGGAUCCAUCGCCCAAGCCGUGGUCGGGGUCGUGGGACACCUCGCCGAGACCGCCAACCGCCCGGUCUACGUGCACGACACGGCGACCACGCAGAACAAGUUGAUCGCCUACGCCAAGGAGAAGGACGGCAAGGACUGGGACACGUCCGUCAAAUCAACCAAGGACAUUUACCAGGAGAGCAUGACCGAGUUGACCAAAGGCGGAGACAUUGGCAAGGCGAUGGUCGGGUUCAUUCUGAGCAGCAUCUUUGGCGGUGAGGAGAUGGGGGGAACUUUUGUGGGCAGGACGGACAACGCAUUGUUGGGCCUCAAGGAGUUGAGUGAGCAGCAAGUCAAGGAAAUUAUCCAGAGCUUGGUGUAA